AAAAAAAGUUGGCUGUGGUGAGAAGUUAAAUCACGGAAAAGAUAUGUGUUGCAGCUUAAUCCAGCCCAAGACUGAAGAGGAGGAUCUCUGAGAGAAAAGGAGUGCAGCUGCUGAAAUAGAUUCUUGCCUUUUGUUCCUUGUCCUAACGAUAUGGAGUCAGCCAUUCAGACAGUUGUGACCACAUUUCUCAGUUCUGCCAGGGGGAGGGAGAACCUAGAUGGGAAAUCCUUCCAGAAACUGGUAAAGAAACAGCUCGGCGGCAUCAUGGAGGAUACAAACAGUUCCUCUGCCAUCAAGGAGAUGCAGCGGGGACUGGAUGAGAACAGCGAUGGAAAGGUCAGCUUCCAGGAAUACCUCACUCUGAUUGGCUACGUGGCCAACUCCCUCAGUCAGAGCAAGUGUGGAUCCAAUGCAGACACAUCGUAGAUGCUCGUGUACCUGCAGUGUUUGAUCCAUCAGCAAAUUAACAGCCUUUUUUUUUUCUUUUUGCACCUUUUAAGUAUCUUUUCUCAUUUCAAAAUUUUCCAGAGAUCAUGUAUACAUUUUUUUACACAACAGUCCGUAAUAAUUUUCAUUCACUUAAUCCAACAGUUGUGUAAUGCUCUGAACUACACUUUAAUGUCUGUCCAGAUGAAUCUUUUUCUUCUGUCACAUCAUACUGAUCUCCACUGUCAAGGACAUGUUGAAGGACUCUGAGCUGGAUGUCUUUUUUUUUUUUUAUAAAUCAAUUAGACAAAUGAUACUUACUAUAUUUUCAAAAAUAAAAACUUUAUAUUAAAUCCA